AUGCUUCGCGCAGUGCCGCGCCGUUUUGCGGUGCCAGGCGCGCCUCUAGCGAGCCUGAGAGCGCCCUCUCAAGCGACCGCCUGCGCCAGCGCCGCCGCCAGUCUCAGCAGACCGCUGUCCACGAGCGCGGCGACCUGUCGAGCAGCACCCGUCUCUCGACCCAACGCUCCCUCGGCAUCCGACUCGUUCAUGCACACCAACAAUGCCUACUACGUGGAGGAGAUGAGGAGAUUGUGGGAAGAGGAUCCCAAAUCCGUUCAUUCUUCUUGGGACGUCUACUUUAGAGGAAUCGAAAUGGGUAUUAAGAGCGAGGGCGCUUUCAGGCCUCCCCCUACGCUCAUGCCUUUGCCCGUAGACGCACCGCCCAUCGACACCUCCUCCCUCAGCCAAGGCGGCGAAAGCCACGUCGACGAUCAUCUCAAGCUGCAACUCCUUGUCCGCGCAUAUCAAGUGCGAGGUCAUCGCAUCGCAGUAUUGGAUCCUUUGGGAAUCCUGCAUCCUGACUUGAGCGAUGCCGUUCCCAAGGAACUGACCAUUGAGCACUAUGGCUGGUCUGACAAGGAUUUGGAUCGUGAGAUGCGAUUGGGACCUGGUCUACUGCCCAACUUCAUCAAGCACGGCAAGGAUCGCAUGACCAUUCGCGAAGUCAUCGAUGCCGUCAAGCGUAUCUAUUGCGGAUCCAUCGGAGUUCAGUACGUUCACAUUCCCGAUCGCGAAAAGUGCGACUGGCUGCGGGAGCGCAUCGAGCUGCCAGAGCCGUUCAAGUACAGCACGGAAGAGAAGCGCACCAUCCUCGAUAGGCUGAUUUGGUCAGACUCCUUUGAGCGCUUCAUUUCCUCCAAAUAUCCCAACGAGAAGCGUUUCGGCUUGGAAGGUGGCGAGUCGCUGGUGCCGGGUGUCAAGUCGCUCAUUGACCGCACCGUCGAGCACGGCGUCAACUCCAUCACCAUCGGAAUGCCUCACCGUGGACGUCUCAAUGUCCUCGCCAAUGUCAUUCGCAGGCCAGUGGAGGCCAUCUUGCAUCAAUUUGCCGGCAAGAGCGACGACGGAGAGGGAGGUGGUGAUGUCAAGUACCACCUGGGUGCCAACUAUGUGCGUCCAACGCCUUCCGGCAAAAAGGUGGCGCUGUCCCUGGUCGCAAAUCCCUCUCACCUGGAAGCAGAAGACCCGCUCGUUAUCGGCAAGACUCGCGCGCUGCAGGACUUUGCGGGUGACACUGCUCGCGAGACCAGCAUGGCUUUGUUGAUGCAUGGAGAUGCCGCUUUUGCCGGACAAGGUGUGGUGUACGAGACGAUGGGCAUGUACAAUCUGCCCAACUACGCCGUGGGGGGUACGAUCCACAUUGUCGUCAACAACCAAAUCGGCUUCACCACGGAUCCUCGUUUUGCCCGAUCUACGCCCUACCCCAGCGACAUUGCAAAAGCCAUCGACGCACCCAUUUUCCACGUCAACGGCGACGACGUCGAAGCCGUGACGUUUGUCAGCCAGCUGGCCGCCGAUUGGCGCGCGAAAUUCAAAAAGGACGUCGUCAUCGACCUGGUGUGCUACAGAAGACACGGCCACAACGAGACGGAUCAGCCCAGCUUUACGCAACCUAGAAUGUACGAGGCGAUCGCCAAGCAGCAGCCUACACUGACUCAGUACGCUGAGCAACUGGUCAAGGAGGGAAGCUUUACGGAGCAGGACAUUGAGGAGCACAAAAAGUGGGUUUGGGGUUUGCUUGAGGAAGCUGCGGAGAAAUCCAAGGACUACACGCCGGGAGAGCGCGAAUGGCUGUCCGAGGCGUGGGAUGGUUUCCCUUCGCCCAAGGAGCUCAACGAGCUGAUCCUCGAUCAUAAGGACACUGGUGUGUCGAAGGAGCGCCUGACCGAGAUCGGACAUGCGGUGGCUUCCUACCCCGAAGGUUUCACUGUGCACCGCAACCUUGCCCGUAUCCUCAAGGCGCGCGGCAAGACGGUCGACGAUGGAGAGGGCAUCGACAUGUCCACUGGUGAAGCGCUCGCUUUUGGCUCGCUCGCUCUCGAGGGCAACCACGUGCGCGUGUCUGGUCAAGACGUUGAGCGAGGCACCUUUUCUCAGCGCCAUGCCGUGCUGCACGACCAAAAGACGGAAGAGACUUGGACGCCGCUCAACAACCUUUCCAAAGAGCAGGCGCCGUUCGUGGUUUGCAACUCUUCCCUCUCCGAAUUUGGCUGUCUCGGAUUCGAGCUUGGCUUUAGUCUUGUGGACCCCAAAAAUUUGACGGUGUGGGAAGCUCAAUUUGGCGACUUUGCCAACAAUGCGCAGUGCAUCAUUGACCAAUUCAUCGCUUCUGGAGAGAGGAAAUGGUUGCAGCGCACGGGUCUCGUGAUGAACCUGCCUCACGGCUACGACGGACAAGGACCUGAGCACUCUUCUGCCCGUCCAGAGAGGUUCCUGCAGCUGUGCGACGAUCACCCUUUCCACUUUCCUUCGCCCGAAAAGAUGAACCGUCAGCAUCAGGAUAGCAACAUGGCCGUCGUGUACUGCACCACACCCGCCAACGUCUUUCACGUGCUGCGCAGGCAGGUCCACCGUGAUUUCCGCAAACCUCUCAUCUCCUUUUUCUCCAAAUCCCUCUUGCGCCAUCCCGAAGCUAGAAGCAAGCUGGACGACUUUUUGCCAGGCACUGGCUUCCAACGCUACAUCGCCGAGCCGCACGCCAGCGAGGGCAAGGAUGAAUUGGCACCGCCCGAAGAGAUCAAGAGGCACAUUAUCACCUGCGGACAGACCUACUUUGCCCUGUUGAAUUGGAGGAGGGAAAAGGGAAUCAAGGAUGUGGCAAUCAGCCGCAUCGAGCAGAUCUCUCCCUUUCCUUACGACAUGAUUACGCCUCAUCUGGACAAGUAUCCCAAUGCGGAUUUGGCUUACGUGCAGGAAGAACCACUCAAUAACGGUGCUUGGUCUUAUGUCCAACCUAGAUUGAGAACGGCUUGCAGACACACCGAACACCACAAGGACACCCUCGCCGUUCUGGCUUCCAGACCUCCCUACGCUUCCGUCGCCACCGGCUCCAAGCGCGCCCACCAGGCAGAGGUGGAGCAGUACCUCACCGACGCUUUCAACGUCGAGCGCGUCGCCAGCGAUGGUCACUAG